AAUCAAAAAUUGUCUCGAGACCUUUUAUUAGCCUUGAAGAUUAAAGUUAAAACCAUUUUUAAAUGUGCUGAUCCCGGUUUACCCAUUAAUUGCACCCUCUGAACCGUAUAAACCGGAGAAAACCGUAAUUCCUAUCCUUUCUUCUCUGGGCAAAGGCAAAAUAAGCUUAUCUUCUUCCUCCCCAUUCCCUCACAAUCAGAGUGAAUUGCAGAAAAAAAAAAGAUUGCCGAGAGAGCACAAACCCUAAUGGCAUCUCUCUCCAUGGCUUCCGUUAUCCUCAGAUUCUCUCCUCCACGCUCUUCUUCCCCAAAGUUUCCCACUCACGGGUCCGUUCAAUUCGCUCGAUUCAGCUCCUCGAGCCUCGCCUCGACUCACUGCAUAUCUGGGCUUCGUGCGGUUCUUCCUCAGAAGAUAUCCACAGUCGUUUCUCAGAACCCUCAAAGGCUUCGGUCUCUUACCGUCUUCGCUCAUAAGGGAUAUAAGAUGAAGACCCACAAGGCGUCAGCGAAACGGUUUAGAGUAACGGGGAGGGGGAAGAUAGUGAGGAGGAGAUCAGGGAAGCAGCAUUUGUUAGCUAAGAAGAACAACAAGAGGAAGCUGCGUCUUUCCAAAAUGCACGAAGUUAGCAGGAGCGACUAUGACAACGUCAUCGGGGCUCUUCCUUACCUGAAAGUCAAUCGAAAGGCGACUUAAAACAAAGCCUAGGGAUGCUCCUUUUUCUUACCUGUAUUUCUCAUUCUGUAAUCUAACUUGUGAUUAAAAAAAAAUACUUUUGUUUUGUGAUUAUUUGUUCAAUGAGUUUGGCAUUUGUGUCUU